AUGAUCGAUAUGGAAAAUAAUCUACCUUCAUCAGCUUCAUCAGAUUCUGGUUUAGGUGGUAUUGAAAAUAAAAAACAAAUUGAACAGAUUCAUCAUGUCGAAGAUGAUGAUUUUGAAUUACCAGAAAAUUGGCCUGAAUAUGAUUUUCAUCGAAAGACAAGUUGUGUUCUUAGUCGAAUAUUUUCAACAUGUGUAAUGAAAGCUAUUAAUCAUCUUGAAUUAGUUCAAAAUGCUAUUGAACGAAAAGAUGCAGAAACAAAAAAAGGGACAGUCAAACGAGAAGUAUCUUUUACUCAAAUGCCUUCUUCAACAGAACAACUUGAAGUUAUUGGUCGAAGUGGUCAUAUUGUUGAUCAACAUCCACAUCAUGAUAUACUCGAAGAUCAAAUACUUGAUGAAGUAUUAUUACUUUUUGCUCGACUCGAUCGAGAACGUUUACGUUUAAUUCAUUUAUGUGAACGUGAAUAUCAAGCUCGAGAUAAGUUGAAAGAAAAUAUUGAUCAUUGGCGAUUAAAACGAUUACAUGAUUUACCUUUAGCUGUACAAAAAGAACAUGAUGCUUGUAUAACCGAUAUUACAGAACUUCAAUGGCAUAUUGCUUAUAAUGCUCGAUUAGCUGAAAAAGUACUUGGAAAAAUUGAUCUAUCUCGAACAUGGCAUCGACAACUUGAAAUUGAAGUUACUGAUAUUCGUCAAACAAUACCAUUAAUAACAGAAAAAGUUCAAACAGAAUUAAUUGAAAUAAUAAAAGUUGAUGAUGCAUUAAAAGAAACUGAACAUGAAUUAAUGUUAAGUCGUACAAAAAAUGCUGAUACAUUAGAUAAAUGUACACGAGCUAAUCAACGUGCUGGAACUGAACGUGAUGAAAUACGUGGUGAAAUUGAUAAAGCAUUAAAAGGCCUACAACGAAUAACAACGAAAUUACAAGCAUCAAUUGAUCAACAUAAAGUUUAUCAAAAAACAAUACAUGAUGCAAAAGUAACAGUUAAAAAAAAUGAUCGAGCUUAUGAUGAAGAAGUAAAAAAACGAGAUACUGCACGUACUGAUAUAGCUAGUAAUAAAUUAAAAUUAGCAGCACUUACAAAUGAUCGUGAACGUAUUCAACAUGAAAUUGAACGAUUAAAUAUCGAAUUUGAACAAGCUCGAUUAGAAGAAAAAAUUCGUGAAGAUCAUCGAAAACAAGAAUUAGAUGCAUUACAAACAAAUGUUUCUAAACGUGAAGAAAAAUUAGAUAAAAUUAUUAAAAAAGAACGAGAAAAAUUAACAGUAAUUGAUGAAGAUGAACGAAAAUUAGAGAAAAUCGAUACACAAAUUGAUCGUGAUAAAAAAUCAUUAGCACGUUUUGAUCAACAACGUGAUCGUGAUGCAGAAAUGUUACGAACGGUAACUGAAAAUUUACAACGAGCAUUUUAUACAAAUGAUUCAAUUAGUACGGAUAUGAAACGUGAAACAGAAAAACUUCAAAAAGAAGAAGAUGGAAUGAGAGCAACAAUGGAAUCAAUACGAAGACAAAUUCAUGAAGAAUCAACAAUAAUUGCCAUGCUUGAUAAACAUUUAGAUAAUGAUCAACAUGAACUUGAUUCUUUAAAUGAUGCAGAAGCAAUUCGAGCUACAGAAGCUGAACGUAUUGCUACAGAUUUACAAACUAAAGUUGAUACAUUAACAAAUAAUGUAACAAAUUUAGAAACAAAUGAUAUAAAAACAAAAGAAAGUUUAGGAUCACUUAAACAUAAUUUAUUAGAAGUUAAUGAAAAUUAUGUUAAAGAUAAAGAUCAAUUAGCACAAGCAAAAACAAAUAUCAAUAAUCAACAUGAUCAAGCAUCAACCACAGCACACAAUCUUGAAACAACACUUAAUCAUAUCAUAACUCAAACAAAUUAUAUGAAAAAACAUCUAGUUGAAAUGGAUGAAUCUCGUGCUAUGAUGGAAACAUUAACAGUUAAAAUUCGUGGUGAAAUUCAAACAGCUGAAGCAGAAUUAGCUCAUGAAAAUUAUAAUUUUGGUCUAGUUCAAGCCGGUGAACAAGAAAUUGUACGAGUUUUACAAGAAUGUUUACAACGACAAUCAAAUGCUGAUUCAUUAAAUAAACAAUUAUUUCAAGAACGUUCGAAUUAUUUGUCUGAUAAAAAAAUGUCUAUUGAAAAAGCUCUUCUACUUAAUACAGAAUUAGCGAGUACUUAUCGAAAAACGUUAUAUACAUAUUAUGAUAUAAAAACUCGUUUAAUGGGUAAAUUAGAACAACGACUUGAUGCUGUUGCUCGAGUAAAAGAUACAAGACAAUUAAUUGAAUUACAAGCACGACUUCAUGAUGCAUUGAAUUUUUAUUUUGGAAUUAAGAAUGCAUAUGUUGAACAACAACUUGAUCAUCUAAAUCGAGAAAGUCAUCAAAAUGGUUUACAAUUAUCACAAGUACAAGAAACAAUUCAAUCUGCUGUUGAUCAUAUAACUAAAUUUCUUGUUGAUCAAGUCGAUUUUGAAGCUGUACAUCACGAAGCUAUGCUCAAAGUACACAGGGAAGAAUUACAAGAACAACAAAAAGUGCCUGUAUAA